AUGCCGCCAGGCACUGCGUCGGAAAUAGGUGCCCCUCCAUCUGUGCCGUUGAGCUUCUCCAACAACUUCUGGGGACGAGAUGACGCCGGCGUCGACCCUCUCCUGACCCGAAUGCAAAAUGCCAAAACCACGUCCGACGAACUGAAAGCCUUUUACAGUGCAAGAGCAGCCUUGGAAGAAGAUUAUGCCAAAAAACUCCUGAGCCUAUCUCGCAAGCCACUGGGAAGUGUGGAACAGGGGACCUUACGGACCAGCCUCGAUGUCGCCAGAGGAGAGACAGAAUCGAUGGGCAAGCAACAUGCCCUAAUCGCACAGCAAAUGAGGUCCGAGCUCGAGGAGCCACUGGCAGCGUUCGCAGGCGGCAUCAAAGAGCGUCGCAAAAUCAUCCAGAACGGCAUUGAGAGGCUGCUCAAGACGAAACAAGCACAAACCGCCCACGUCAACAAAUGUCGGGACAAGUACGAGCAGGACUGUUUGCGGGUCAAGGGGUAUCUGGCUCAGGGUCACAUGGUGAUGGGGCAAGAAGAGCGCAAGAACAAGGCCAAGCUCGAGAAGACACAGAUCAACAUGGCCGCCAACUCGAACGAAUACGAGGCUGCGAUCAAGGUUCUGGAGGAGACGACCGGUCGGUGGAACAAAGAGUGGAAAGCCGCGUGCGACAAGUUCCAGGAUCUCGAAGAAGAGCGCCUCGACUUCACCAAGUCCUCCCUGUGGGCGUUCGCCAACAUUGCCUCGACGGUGUGCGUCUCGGACGACGCGUCCUGCGAAAAGAUCCGACUGGCGCUGGAGAAUUGUGAGGUCGAGAAGGAUAUUUCCUGCUUCAUCAAAACCUGCGGAACAGGCCAAGAAAUCCCUGACCCUCCUCGAUACAUCAACUUCUGUCGAGGGGACGUGGAUACGGCAUCUGAGGUUUCGGAAGACGAGAACUAUUCCGUGGCCCAGUUUUCACGGACCACGAAUCCCGCAUUCAGAUCAUCAUCUCCGACUCAUUCAAACUCUACAAAGCCCAGGACCAGCCAAACUCCGGAGCGGCGAUACUCAGAAGAGCCGACGAGGCCAGAUGAGGAUGAUAUGCCGACGCCGUCCAAUGGCAACAGCGGACGACCACCGCCGUUGAACUACAAACACCCAGGACCAAAUGUGCCUCCGAAUUACAGCCCGAGCCAACAUGGGGAGGUCCCGCAUGUGCCACAUAAUCAGUAUCCGACGGACGGCAUGACCAUGUUCUGCAGAAGCGACGGUGCCCCCUCGGUUACUGGUUCUGCUUUGUCCUCAAACACUCGACCAGAUAGCAGGGACGAUCAGAGUGAUUAUUCGGCACCAAGCUCAUUCACCAGUGCGGAACUCAGCUCAGGCGCAGUCUCACCCGUCAAAGGACCACCCAUCAAUGGCGUUGAACUACCGGGAAUGGCGUCACCCGAAAAAUCCAUCCAGAAGAAGAGGUCUGGUUUCUUCUCCAACAGUCCGUUCCGGAGGAAGUCCAGGAAAGAUCACGAUCCUCCGUCCGCUAACGAUCCCUCGAGCCGUAACACUUGGAAUGGAGGCUCAGCCGUCAGCGCUCGCACAAACCUGAAUCCCACCGUGACCAGUGCGCAGUCAAGUCCUACCAAGUCUUCCGCUCGUCAAGCACCAAGCUAUUUCAAUAGAAAUGCAGUUGACAUGGCUCCCGAAGGCGAAGAGGCGGCAGAUCCUCGAGCGAGCUUUCAAUUGAGUGUGGGCAACAAUGUCUUCGACGUGGCCAGCCCGGACGGUGCGCAAGAGUCGACGCCCAAAGCAAGUACCGCAAAUCGACGCAGCCAAUUCAUGCCACCACCUUCCGUGAUGGGCAACGAGCUGAUGCACGAUCCAAUUGCACAGGCACUUGCAGAUCUCAAACUUACUGCCGGCGGCGCCACGGCCAUGGCCAAACAAUCAAGUACGCGGGUGGCCGUGGAUAGGUACCACGGCGUGGCAACCCCUGCACCUGACCAAGAGCCAGUCACUCGACCAAGUAUCCUGAGUGCUGAAAGUCAAGCCCGCCUGGCGGCACAGAGAGGCACACCUCCACCGGCAUAUGAGACCGCUGGGCCGGCACAAAUGGGAGGUGGGAGAGCGCAGAGUGCUCUCGGUGUGCCGCAGCCAGCACAUACCAAGCGCGAAAUGCUGAACCGCACUGAGACAUGGGGGACUCGAGGAGGAGGGCCUACCCAGCCAUCACGACCUGGUACGAGUAAUGGGAGGAGGAGUCCUGGACCCGGUAUGAUGAGAGCAGCGAGCCCGCAACCCCAGCCUCAAAGCCAGCAUCCUUCCCGGUCUAGAAGUCCCGGUCCCGGCGCCAUGCCCCGUGCUGUGAGUCCUCAGCCACAACAAACUCAAAGAUAUCAACCACGUUCGAGAAGUCCGGCGCCUGUCAUGGCCCCUAGGGCGGCCAGUCCGAAUCCAGCAAUGAUGUCAGGAGGACGACCUGGGUCUCAGCAAUACCGUGCGGCCUCGCCCAAUCCCUAUGGAGGAUCACGAGGUUCUGGAGUGGCACCCAGCCAAUCGCGGCAAAGCACCGGCAUGGAGAUUCAAUUGAGCUCUCAGGAUCCGGGACGCUACGACGGGUCCGGCGGCAGUGGAAGAAGUCGACAGGGAAUGAUGCGACCCAACUCCAGCUUUGGUGGGGAUCGAUAUCCGCAACAACAACAACAACCACCUCAGCAGUUCCAGCAACAACCGCAGGGUUACGACAGCCGGCAAAGAGGCGGAGGCGUCAAUGGAAGCGGUAUGGACAUUGAAUUGCGGAGGGAGAGGAGCAAGAGUCUUGCAGCGAUACCAUACCGAGGAGCUCCUCCGCCUCAAGAGCAGCGUCAGCCGCGAGUCUUGCAUUAUGCAAGAGCAAUGUACAGCUACACGGCAGCAAUUCCCGAAGAACUGUCCUUCGCCAAGGGCGACAUCCUCGCCGUAUUGCGACUACAGGACGACGGAUGGUGGGAGGCUGAGGUCAAGGAGAGUGCGAGGGGCAUGAAGACAGGCGGGAUUGGAUUGGUGCCCAGCAAUUACCUGCAGCGGUGCUGA